GAUGUGAUCAGGGCAGGAUGGCAGCUGCAUGCUACUCUCUGGUGCUGGUGACUGUAACAUUUUACCAUCCUGGGCUAUCUCAAGACAUGGCUCCAGCCAGGCUAAGCAUCAGUCCCAGCAGAGGACAGCACUUUCGGGAGAAGCAGAUGUCUCUGCACUGUGAGGUAAAGGAGGGGAACUCAACAGGAUGGACACUGAAGCAUCUCAAGGGGUCCGGGGUGCAGUCCGGCUGUCUGCCAGCAGGGGGUAACAUGAGCAAAGAGAGCACAGGGCUCUGUGAAAUCUCGCACCUUCACUCUCGGAACAGUGGGGUCUACUGGUGUGAGUCUGCGGGAGGAGACAAGCGCAGCAACGACAUCAACGUUACAGUGGUUGAUGGCUCCGUCAUAAUACAGAGCCCCACUGGGCCAGUGGCCAAGGGAGACUCCCUCACUCUCCGCUGCCUCUACUUGUGGUCUCAGCCCAACACAACGGCCUUUUACAAGAAUGGGGUGGAGAUCCUGUCCCACAACAGCACGGAGGUCACCCUGCACAAUGUGACGGGGGCUGACGGGGGCUUCUACAAGUGCGGAGACCCUGACGGUGACGAGAGGAGCCCUGAGAGCUGGGUGGCAGUGCGAGGUCACUUCGCUUUGCUCCCUACCUCUCCCACGGGAUUGCUAUCCACGAUGUACACGUCUACAGAAGGUGCCAUCAAACCACAAAUGACCUCUCCCACAGAACUGUCACCAUCAAACUCGCCCACAAAAGGUUCCAGGUUGUAUGUGGUGGUGCUCUGUUGCAUUCUGGGAGUACUGCCCAUCACUCUGGUUUUGGGACUGCUGGCUUGUCGCUACAGGUCUCGGAUGAGGUGUUAUUAUGACAGCUGCUGUCCCGUCAGGGGCUCCCGAAAUGAGUGGCCGAAAGAGGGGGCGCCCCAGACGAAACCGGACGUGACGGAGAUCCAGUGGGACAUGGCCUGGAUGGAGAUGGAGACAGAGACAACUCUGCUGGGCAGGAAGCAGGAGACUGGUCACUGACUUCCUGGCCACAAGAGGGCGCUGUCUCACCUGCAUCUCAUCUGCAUCCUCUCUCUCUGUCUACCUCUGCUACCCUCAUCGAGAACUACAGGUGUGAUUAUGCUACCCAAAGUGUGAGAACUACAGGUCUGACUACCUUCACAGACAGAACUACAGGUGUGACUACCACAGACAGAAUUAUAGCUUACCCUUAUGGAAAGUUACAGGUAUGAUUGCUCUACCUUCACUGAGAGAACUACAGGUGUGAUUACUCUGCCUUCAUUGAGAAAGCUACAGGUGUGAAUAUACUCACCUUGAGAGCUACAGGUGCAGUUAUGGUACCAUCACUGAGCUACAGGUAUGAUUAGACUUCCUCCACAAACACACACAUAGGUGUAACCACUCAGGGAAUCUUACAGGAGUGACUUCCAUGGUUUGACACAUUGUGAUUAGAGCACUGGCCCUCAAUGUGAACAUGCUAGGAUUGAAUCACUGGUGUGACAGUCUGACUGUAUAACUAUGCUUCACAAAAUGAAAUUUUGAAAAGUUGGUAUCACCACCGGAUAAGGUGAUCUAACAGAGAAAAUUAAUAAUUUAUCUGAUACAGGACUAUCAUUUGUAGACAUAUCAGAGUAGAGAAGUACAGUACCCAUGGUGCAUUGUACCAUCUGUAUGUGUUCCAGAGAGCCGUUCUUUCACGCCAAGGAAACAACAACCAUUCUGUUCUAUCAGUCUAUUAUA